UCCGGAUCAGUCUCGCGCUGUACGAACUAUCAUUUUGCGGCGUUAUACAUAACUCCGGUCACAAACUUCUGGGGAUUCCUCCACGUAGUACAUUAUCAUCAUUUCUCAUUUGAAACUCUAUUUUAGCGGAUUUAAAAAGCUUUCGAUAGCGAAGAGAAGACGAUUUCGGGCGAAUACAGACACAGAAGAAAGCAAAUUACUGAUCUAUAUAAACCACAACUUGAGAUUAAACCACUGUCAUCGUCAAAGGACUGAUCAAUAUACAACUUAAUGGUACAGUAACAAACAAAUCUCGACAAGAUGGUAGACUGCUAUGUUAUUGUUACAACAAGAAACAUUUUAUGGAUGGUGUUGUCUGUGGUGGCAACCCUGGCUGUGAUUGCGGGAAUCAUGACACCAAAGUGGCUGUAUGGAAGAUCGAGAAUCUUUGAUGAUCAGGCAUAUAACUCCAGUGUAUUUGUUCCUGAUGAGGCAAUGUACAGACCAUCUGUUGGGAUCUACAACCGCUGUAAAAAAAUCCAAAAAGUGAUUGGUGGGGAUCCUGUGCUCAACUGUUACUCUUAUGUGAAAGACUUUAUGGAAAUUCCGUCAGGUGCAUGGAAAGCCUGUAUGGUGUUCCUGUGCUUUGGAACAUUUAUUCUUGGGGUUGCUGUAAUCAUGUCAUUAGUUGGAUUCUGUGUACAGAGUGUUGGGAAGAAGUCUAUUUUCUCACUUGGUGGAUUGAUACAGGCUAUUGCAGCCCUGUUCCUUGUCAUUGGUCUUGUUCUCUAUCCAGCUGGCUGGGGUAAUGAAAUAGUUGAUGAACUUUGCACAAGGCCAUCUGUUCAAAAACCUGGAGCAUUCGUACUCAAUGACUGCUCUAUGGGAUGGGCAUUUUAUGCUGUGCUAGGAGGAACUUUGUCAUCGUUUCUAUGCUCUUUGUUAUCUGCUCAAGCAGAGAAGUCCACAUCAAGUGAUGAAGUUCAGGAUGAAAUUUCAGAUGGAAAAACACUCAUCUGCUUAAUUUAGCACAGCAUCACAGAAUCCUGGGUUUGAAUGACCUACUCUGUGUACACUGUACAUGUGGGUUUAUGUCAUUGUUGUUGUCAUCCAAUUGGUGACCUGUGUUUGAAGCCUUGGUGAGAGAAGAUUGCAAUCGACACAGUUUCUCUUAAAGGAUAAACAAUGUGCAGUUAAUGGAGGAAUUCAUCAGAAGACAAGAAUCAAGUGCUCUUGGUUUGAUUCAGAAGAAUAAAUAUAAAAUAUGUGUUCAUAUAAUUAUACCUACAUGUAUACAUAUAGUGCUUUGAUUUUUAAGUUACUAAGUCAGUGGCAAAUUUCCUAAUUUUUAGGAGCAUUUUCACUUACAUGUGUAAUAGUGCUUAUUAGAAUUGUUUGUCACGUAAUUAUUUUGAUCAGAAAGUUGCCUAAUCCAACAAAUUGAUAAAGUCGCCUUAACUUCAAACAUGUGUGACAAUCAAGUGUCACAAGCUCUUUAAAAACAUUUGGAGUCAAGUUGUACAUGCGUCUAGCAUAAUCUUAUGCCUUUUUUGUGGAGGCUUGUGUGUGAAAUGAAGCGAAAUGUAAACAAUGACAUCUGGAGAGAUUCAUUUAUUACUAUUACUUUUGUUUGAAGGCAGUUUUAACGAUUCUGACUAAUGGACCAAGAUAUGAAUUCAAUUAAAUUGUGCAAGGGUAUGAUGUAUAUUAAGAAAAAUUAAUAAUUCUGUUGAUUUCUGUUAUCCUGUGGUCAUUAAGCAUUAUUAUUCUGGAUAGAGUGGUUUUCAGUCAAUUACUUUGGUUUGGUUUUGGCUUUACUACAGUUUGAGAUUGGCUGAGUAGUCUAAUUGGUAAGUAGCUACCGGUAGUUAGGUUUUGGUUUUCUGACACUCAUUUGAAAACCGUUCUAAUUUUCAAGCUACCCUUACAUGACAGUUGCAUUUUGUGUUGGGUUUUAGCAGAAUGAUAUACAGAUAAUGCACAAAUGUGAUGUGAUGAAUGUGAUCAUCGAUUUUUAUUUUAAUUUUGUAAAUUUUUGUUUUUAAUAUUAAUGGUUGAUGCUGUGUACAGAAGAUAGAAAAUAUUGUAAGCUGACAACAACUUAAUAAGAAUUUAAAUAAUCAUAUUGUAGGUAUUUAAUUAUAAUAUUAUUUGGUAAGAUUAGUUGCUGAAUGUUCUGAGCAGAUUGGGAAGCAAUGCUAUUGAUCUAAUCAUGAUAAGUACACUAAGACACAUGGUAUCGUUCAAAGCAGUGGUGUUACACCUGCUGUAAGCAGAUAGCCUUGGAGUCGCCAUCAAUUAUGUAGAUGAGUAUAUGUUGAAUGUGAUUUUCAUGUGGAAUGCAGGGUUUACAGAUAGAGGUUGGACUAUAGGAAGGGGGAGAGGUUGGGGGAGUGGAAAAGACUCUGGCUCUUGAGUAUGAAACUGGUAAGAUUUAGCAUUAUUUUAAUUGUAGGAUGUUUGCAUUUUUGGGGGGUGGGGAGGAGGAGGAGGAGGAAAACAAGGUGUGUUCUCAGAGAUGUUAAUGAUUAUUACUCAGACUGUCAUCUUUUUUCAAUGAUGCUAUCAAUGACAAUUUUUUUUUGGAGGGGGCAGGUGAAAAGUUGAGGUAUUGUUUGGAUGGUAUCUACAUCAUGAUACCUAUGGAAGAAGAGGGGUACUUCAAUUGCACCCCCUUUUCUCUUGUUUCUUUGACAGUAGUCUUAUUACUUUCUGCUAAGCAGAGUUAAUCCCUCAAGUUUUGAGGAGGAAAAUACAAUAGUUCUUUGUUAUUGUCAAUAAAAGUUCUUUUAAAUA